AUGCAAUUCGUCGGUCUGAGAGACGACUUGCCCGAUGGCUACCAGCAGUGGUUCAGCAAGGCACAGGAAGACAACAAACUUCGAAGUCCAGCUGACCACGUGCAGAAGACCCUGGCAGUUUUUGGACCAAGCCUUACAUGGAAUUAUGAGCCCUUGAAGUCUGCUUCGAUUGCACAAGUACACCUAGAUGUGACCUGGAAUGGGCAAGCUGCUGUUGCCAAGGUGCAGCAUCCACACGUCAGGGAUCAGUACUUGGCAGAUUUGGACACCAUGAAGUACCUGGGCGAAUACGUGAACCACCACGAUGAGGCCAAAGGAGCUGCUGUGAUGCUUGGAGCGUUGGCGGAGAAGUUGAGGCCUACGGUUGUUGCAGAGACAGACUUCACCAAAGAAGCGGAGAACCAACGCAGGCUGCGAGAGUCUUUGCGGGGCAUUGCGACUGUCGCACAGGUCUUCGCAGCAACUACGACUGCAUUGGUGAUGGAACGUGUGAAUGGCAUGACAGCAGCUCAGGUCAUCCAGGCAUGGAAGGAUGGUGAGAAGCUGGAUCAUUUUGGUCCUCGUCAACGGCGCAAUUUGUACAGCAUCUAUGCCCGGAUGGUGAGUGGUGGGCUGUUUCAGGCCGAUCCCCACCCUGGCAACAUCAUGUCUCCCAAUGAAGGAGCAGACGCAAUCGGCCUAUUGGAUUUUGGCCAGUGCUGUGAAGUCACUCCCCAGCAGAGGAUUCUGUUCCAUGAAUUUGCCGUCGGAGCCCCUACUUCCGAGUUUGAGGCCAACAACCAAGAGCGCAACUUGGAAUGGUUGAAUCGUCUUGGGAUCAAGGUUCGCACCGCAAAACAAGCGCAGGCUACUGCGAACUUGCUUUUCUUUGGACAGAAGAGCCCAAUGUUCCCAGACACCAAAGCUAUUGACCCGGAGCUCACACCGUUGCUGCUCCCGGUCUUGUAUCUGAGCCGCUUUGAAAACAAAGUGGUGGAACUGCGCAAAGCUGUUGGUUUUGAGGACGAAGCCAACUCUUUUGCAGUCCUGAUGGCCUUCCGCAACCAGAUUGCAUCCAAUUGACACCCAGAUAUGACAUCCGAUUGCAGCCAUCCGAUUGCAGCUGAUGGGCGGUCAAUAAGUCAGAGACUCGGCUGUCAUUUUCUGGCCUGAAGCAGGUCGGUUGGUGGCAAGCCACAAUGGCAUGCGAUUGGCC